GUCCAACAGGCAACCGCUUCCUCCUUCAGCUCGCUUGCUUUCCCAGAUCUUUUGCCGCCGCCUCAGAGGCGGAGGACGGAUUGGAAAAGGGGCCUGUGAUAGCGGGGAGUCCCUGUUCACGCGGGCCCCAAGAUGUCCGUGGCGUUUGCAGCCCCCAGGCAGCGGGGGAAAGGCGAGAUAACGCCGGCUGCUAUCCAGAAGAUGUUGGAUGAAAAUAACCACCUUAUUCAGUGCAUAAUGGACUACCAGAAUAAAGGGAAGACAGCAGAAUGUUCUCAGUAUCAACAGUUGUUGCAUACAAACUUGGUCUAUUUAGCUACAAUAGCAGACUCCAAUCAGAAUAUGCAAACGAUAUUGCCACCACCACCCACACAGAAUAUGCCAAUGGGUCCUGGGGGGAUGAAUCAGAGUGGUCCUCCCCCACCUCCACGUUCUCAUAAUAUGGGUUCAGAUGGGAUGGUAGGUGGGGGCCCUCCUGCACCGCACAUGCAGAACCAGAUGAAUGGCCAGAUGCCUGGACCUAACCACAUGACUAUGCAGGGACCUGGGCCAAACCAGCUGAACAUGACAAACAAUUCUAUGAACAUGCCUUCAAGUAGUCAUGGAUCCAUGGGCGGUUAUAAUCAUUCAGUGCCAUCUUCUCAAAGCAUACCUGGACAAAAUCAGAUGACAAUGAGCCAAGGACAGCCUAUGGGCAGUUAUGGUCCCAGACCAAACAUAAGUAUGCAACCAAACCAAGGCCCAAUGAUGCAUCAGCAGCCUCCUUCCCAGCAAUACAACAUGCCACAGGGAGGUGGGCAACAUUAUCAAGGACAGCAGCCACCAAUGGGAAUUAUGGGCCAAGUUAACCAAGGAAACCAUAUGAUGGGACAGAGGCAGAUUCCUCCCUACAGGCCACCUCAGCAAGGCCCACCACAGCAGUACUCAGGCCAGGAAGACUAUUAUGGGGACCAAUACAGUCAUGGUGGACAAGGUCCUCCAGAAGGCAUGAACCAGCAAUAUUACCCUGAUGGUCAUAGUGAUUACGGUUAUCAGCAACCGUCGUAUCCUGAACAAGGCUACGAUAGGCCUUAUGAGGAUUCCUCCCAACAUUACUACGAAGGAGGAAAUUCACAGUAUGCUCAACAGCAGGAUGCAUAUCAAGGACCACCUCAGCAGCAAGGAUAUCAACAGCAACAGUACCCAAGUCAGCAAGGUUACCCUGGACAGCAGCAAGGUUAUGGUCCUUCACAGAGUGGUCCCGGACCCCAGUAUUCCAAUUAUCCCCAAGGGCAAGGCCAACAGUAUGGGGGAUAUAGGCCGACACAGCCUGGACCCCCCCAGCCACCACAGCAAAGGCCUUAUGGAUAUGACCAGGGACAAUAUGGCAACUACCAGCAAUGAAAAAUGUCAUUUGAGUACAAUAGCCAGUAUCUGUUAGCAGCCGUAUUGUCUUGUCAGCACUGUGGACAUCUCCCUGUGAAGAGAAUCUUCCAUUCCAUCUAGUCUUGGAAACAAAAAUACUUUCCCACAUUGUUGAUAAAUGGCUGUUUUACAGUAUAUUGCCUGCUUGGGCCAGUUAUAAACUGAAGUGAUAGUCUUUGUGAAAAACAAAUUUCACAUCUCUACUCUAGAUGGCAAUAUUGGACAGAAAAUACACUGACAAACAAUUUUUUUGCAAUGAGCUUAGAACUGUAUAUCAAACUGUUACAGACUGAAAUGUGUGAACAGCAUUGUAUGUUUAUGAAGGUUAAGGGAAUUUAAUAUUUUUCCACAGAUUCUUUUGUAAGGGGGAAAUUUUUACAGCAGCAAUAUUUUGUAUAUUAUGUUUUUCAUAUGGAAUAUGCAAGGCAGUACACUACGCACUGGGCAGGAUCAGAAACCCUCAUAGAUAGGAAAUACAGAUUGAGACAUGAUGCAUUCUUGAUCAUGUUGGUCUCUAAAUCUGCAAGGAGAGCUGGGAAAGGAUGUAGUUGCAUAUACAUCCAUAGCAGACUCGGUAUGCAGAAUAUCCCAAUUAUUUAAAUGACAAGAUGAUCAUGGGAAAUAUGACACAAUCUAUAAAGAAAUAAUUUUGAAAGAUUUUGUGUGAAAUUAUUUUGUAAAAAAAUGGUUUCUAGCAGAGGCAAAAAAAAUUUUGGUAACAGGAAUAUGUUUGGGUUGGAUUUGUAAGCAUCUUGCAAUGGUUUCAUGUAAACCAAGCUGUAAUCUUUUUUUUUUAUUACAGUAACAAGGAAUUUUAAAAGUGUUCAUUUAACCUGGCUUGAAUUUACAAAGUAUUUAAAAACAAAUAUAGACACGUAUUUUAUUUCAUAAGUGUAUUUAACUUUUAGUAGGAUGAUUUGUAUGUUACAAGAAUAGUAUAGAAGCUUUUGUAAACUCUGUCUAAACUAUCUCCACUGAAAAUUAAUGUUGUUAAGAAAGGAGGCAUUUGUUGUGUAUGUCCAUGUUUGUACUGGUUAAUAUGAGACCAAGAUUAAGUUUUAGUGAGGUUUUAAAAAAAAAUGCCAAAUCCUGUUGUGAGCUUCAUGAUGCUUACAGUGUUGCAUGUGAAGCAGCCACCACUUGGAUCAAGAGCAUAGCCAUAAAGAAGACAAGCUGCUUGAAACUGUUCUGCAGUUGUGUUUCAGGUGCACUACUCGAUACUGUGUUGUGAAGGAUGUGAGCAUUCUGACAUUAAAAGAAUGCAACUAAAAUCAGGCCAGAAUGUUCAUGAUAUUUUGCUAUAUUUUAACACAGAAAUAGCAUUGAUGUAUUUUGUCUUCUUAAUUAAUGACCUAAAAAUAUACAUUCUUCCAUAAUGUAAAACAGAACAAAUUUGUUUUUACAUUGGUUACAGAUUAAAAUCACGUUUUUGAACUGAAACCCAAGGAAUAUUGGUACGAAUUAAAUGCUUCAAGGUUUUGUGCCAAUUUUCCACCACUGUGUACUUCAUAGCUGUUUAAAACUGUACUCCAUCAACUCUAACAGAAGAAUAAAUUAUUUGUGAUUUUAA